CGCGCGCCCCGCCCCUCUGGCGGCCCGCCGUCCCAGACGCGGGAAGAUCUCGGCCGGCUUCGAGUUGCUGGCCGGCAACUUCCCUGUGGUUUCCCGAGACCUCCUUGCCUCCCGUUCCCCGAGGAGCCUUUCGCCCGAAGGCGGGGCGAUGCCGGAUAAUCAGCAGCGGAGGAACCGGCAGCCGAGGGUCCGCUCCGGGAACGAGCCUCCUUCCGCGCCUGCCAUGGAGCCAGAUGGUCGCGGGGCCUGGGCCCACAGUCGCGCCGCGCUCGACCGUCUGGAGAAGCUGCUGCGCUGCUCGCGUUGCACUAACAUUCUGAGAGAGCCUGUGUGCUUAGGAGGAUGUGAGCACAUCUUCUGUAGUAAUUGUGUAAGUGACUGCAUUGGAACUGGAUGUCCAGUGUGUUACACCCCAGCCUGGAUACAAGACGUGAAGAUAAAUAGACAGCUGGACAGCAUGAUUCAACUUUGUAGUAAGCUUCGAAAUUUGCUACAUGACAAUAAGCUCUCAGAUUUGAAAGAAGAUGACCCUAGGAGAAGUUUGUUUAAUGAUGCAGAAAACAAGAAGAAUUCAAUUAAAAUGUGGUUUAGCCCUCGAAGUAAGAAAGUUAGAUAUGUUGUGAGUAAAGUUUCAGUGCGAACCCAGCCUGAAAUAAAAAAAGAUGCAAAUGCUCAGCAAGACUCCUAUGAAUUUGUUUCCACAAGUCCUCCUGCAGAUGUUUCUGAGAGGGCUAAAAAGUCUUCUGCAAGAUCCAGAAAAAAGCAAAAAAAGAAAACUUUAGCUGAAAUCAACCAAAAGUGGAAUUUAGAGGCAGAAAAAGAAGAUGGUCAAUUUGACUCCAAAGAGGAAUCAAAGCAAAAGCUGGUAUCUUUCUGUAGCCAACCAUCCGUUAUCUCCAGUCCUCAGAUAAAUGGUGAAAUAGACUUACUAGCAAGUGGCUCCUUGACAGAAUCUGAAUGUUUUGGAAGUUUAACUGAAGUCUCUUUACCAUUGGCUGAGCAAAUAGAGUCUCCGGACACUAAGAGCAGGAAUGAAGUAGUGACUCCUGAGAAGGUCUGCAAAAAUUAUCUUACAUCUAAGAAAUCUUGGCCAUUAGAAAAUAAUGGAAAACGUGGCCAUCACAAUAGACUUUCCAGUCCCAUUUCUAAGAGAUGUAGAACCAGCAUUCUGAGCACCAGUGGAGAUUUUGUUAAGCAAGCGAUGCCCUCAGAAAAUACACCAUUGCCUGAAUGUUCUUCACCACCUUCAUGCAAACGUAAAGUUGGUGGUACAUCAGGGAGGAAAAACAGUAACUUGUCAGAUGAAUUCAUUAGUCUUUCUCCGAGUACACCACCUUCUACAUUAAAUAGUUCAAGUUACAGACGAGUGAUGUCUAGCCCCUCAGCAAUGAAGCUGUUGCCCAAUAUGGCUGUGAAAAGAAAUCAUAGAGGAGAGACUUUGCUCCACAUUGCUUCUAUUAAGGGUGACAUACCUUCUGUUGAAUACCUUUUACAAAAUGGAAGUGAUCCAAAUGUUAAAGACCAUGCUGGAUGGACACCAUUGCAUGAAGCUUGCAGUCAUGGGCACCUGAAGGUAGUGGAAUUAUUGCUCCAGCAUAAGGCAUUGGUAAACACCACUGGGUAUCAAAAUGACUCACCACUGCACGAUGCAGCCAAGAAUGGGCACAUGGAUAUAGUCAAGCUGUUACUUUCCUAUGGAGCCUCCAGAAAUGCUGUUAACAUAUUUGGUCUGCGGCCUGUGGAUUAUACAGACGAUGAAAAUAUGAAAUCACUAUUGCUGCUACCAGAGAAGAAUGAAUCAUCCACAACUAGCCAUUGCUCGGUAAUGAACACUGGGCAGCGUAGGGAUGGACCUCUUGUACUUAUAGGCAGUGGGCUCUCUUCAGAACAACAGAAGAUGCUCAGUGAACUUGCAGCAAUUCUUAAGGCUAAAAAAUGUACUGAGUUUGACAGUACAGUAACUCAUGUUGUUGUUCCUGGUGAUGCAGUUCAAAGUACUUUGAAGUGUAUGCUUGGGAUUCUCAAUGGAUGCUGGAUUCUAAAAUUUGAAUAAAUAGGAGCUAUAGAUAAGAAAAGUCCCUUCUUCAACAUCAAAUUGGUGAGGCAGACUCUACUUCAGUCCUCGUUUGGGUGCUAAUUUCUCACAGGCCAUUAGUAACCACCCUUAUACAAGGGUGAUUUUUGUAUUAAAGAGGUGAUAAGAAUAAAAGAAUGUAAGGUAUAUAAAUAAAUCAUCUUACUAAUCUCAUAGAGUAUGAAUAAGAUGAAACUGUAUCCUAAAGAUGCAAACUAGGCCAAGAUAAAAUGUUUUCUACUGACCUGUUCUUUUGGUACACUGCUUUCAAAUUUUUUUUCUGUCUUAGCCUUUUUUCUAAAAGAAAUUGAAUUCUGCAUCUUCUUUUCUUAUCUCAUUAUGAAGGGGAGAACAGAUUGCUGUCAUCUUUUCUUUAAUAACCUUUCUCUCUUCUCCACUCUCAUCUAAGUUUAAAUAAAAUUGCAGCUAUAGAAGUUGUAAAAUUCCCCAGUACCUAAGGGAAUUACUGAAGGAAUGUGCCAGACAUUUUACGCUGGAUUUAUGUCUGUGAGAUGGCGAAGGGCUAAAUUGAGUGUUUUUUCAUUUUUGUUUUAGCUGAGGAGAGAUGGACCCUAGAAGACAAUCAUUACAUCAUCAUUUAAGUAAUAACUUCAUAAUCAGGCUAACACAUUAAUUCUUUUCAAACAAAUUCUAACAAGUUUUCUUUAAAUGGAUACCAAGAGUACUAUGGAAUUUUAAAAUUAAAUACAAUUUUUAUUCUAUACAAAACUUUGCUAAUUAUAGAAAAAAGUACCAAAACAUUCCUAUAAAUUAAGAUUGAUUAGGCAACUUUAUGCUGACAGAAGGCCUCCACCACCAAAGAUUGUCUAAGAAUAAAAAAAAAUUAACAUCCUUUGAUCUAAUAGUCCCAGUUCUGAGAAUUUACCCUAUGCAAGAAAUACAGAAGAAAGAAAGAGUAUUUGCAGUGUUACUUCUAAUAGCAAGAAGUAGGGAAUAUAACCUACAUAUGAAAGAUUAGGAAAAUUCUGAAAUGCUUGAAGAUAUUCUCUGGAAAAAAUUCAUAUUUUAUAUGAUAAAUAUUAAGACUAAAAUAUGAAAAAUGGAAUUGUUUAGAUUUUAAACACAUCAAAUAAUUAUAUCUUCACUUUCAACAAUAUAUAAAUGUGUGCAUGCAUGUGGGUAAAAAAAAAAUCAAAGAGAAACAACAGAAAAUUGGUGGGUUACUGAAGAGGACUAUUUGUUUAUAACAGUUUUAAAAAUAAUGUGUGCCUGUUAGAUUAAAUUUAAGGUCUCUAGGAAUAAAUUAAUGCAUUCAAAUUUUCAAGUUGUAAUAAUUGGAAGUAUUUUCACUUUUCUAAAGAUUAAUUGAAUAGGGAAGAGCUUUGGUCUUAAUUAGGGAAAUUCAAACCUACAUGUAUUUAUUCCUCCUGUCUGAUACACCAGGUCUUAUACCUGUUUAAUGCAUACCCAGCAAAUACAUUUGAAUAUGGUGAUUGCCCUAAUCAGAACAGACAUCUUUACAUAAAAAUUUGAACUUUUAAUAUAUGACUUCAAAAGAACACUGAGCAUGAGUUUACUAAUAGGACAAUUUUGGGACAUUAGACGGGUUUUUAACCAUACCUAUAUAGAGACAGAUAAUUUUGAUAUUAUUCAUCAUAAAAGAGGCAGACUAUUUUGGUAUUUUGAUAUUAUUCAUAAUAUAAGGUCUUAGAAUUGAUACCAAGUUUUGCCUAAGAAAAAUUUAUGAAAUAAUAAUAUAUUUUUGCAAUAGAAUUUGACGUGCUUCUCAAUGCAUUAAGUAAAAUAGCAAAUUACACAUAUUGUCAUGUGCAGAAAUAUAUUUCUACAUAUAAAUAUGCUGAUAGCUAGAAUUUUUACUAAAAUGUCAAAAAAUAAAUAAUUGCUAAAUGAUAUUUAUAUGGAGCCAGGAUUUAAUGACCCGCAACAGUAUUUAAUGAGAUAUCUCAAAUCUUAAAUGGGAACAUUUAGCCUUUAUUUUAUAUUUUCAGCCUUUAUUUCAUUGUCCUUUCACUUUUGGCCAUGGAAGUUUCAAAUUUCAAACUCAUUUCUCUGUUCUUUUACUUAAGUUUUUCAGAAAUUGCAGUAAUAGUAUGCUACUGUUUUUUCAUUUCUGUCAUUGUUGUAGGCUGCCUAUUGUGAUUUCCCUUUUUACUAAAGUUUAGUGCUGUUAUAGUCUGCUUGACUAAAAAGUCUAAAAUAGAGUCAUUUGCAAAACAGUUGUUUUGCUUCUACAGUCUGGGUGUCGAUUUUUAAUAGAAUCAGAAGGAAAUUCUGUAAUGUUUACUUUACUUAUAUACUGUUAUCUUGAGUGAAACACAUCCCUAGUUUAAACAUCCCUAGUUUAGAUCUAAUGACAGUAUUUUAUUAGAACAUUUGUUUUCAUAUGGAGUAGUGAUGUUUGAUUCUGUAUUUUAAUUUUUUUUUUUUUUUAGGAUAUUUUGUAUUGACUAAGAGUGGUUAAUUCUGAUUCCCAUAGCUAUUUCAGUUACAAAUAGCCAUUAAUUCCAGAAGAGUAACAACCGUUUUUUCCCUUCCUCACUCUGUCACACAGGCUGGAGUACAGUGGUGCAGUCGUAGCUCUCUGCAGCCAUGAACUCCUGGGUU